AUGUCCGACCUCGACCUCCCUGACUCCGAGGAAUUCAACGAAGUUUAUUUCACCAGGUUCGGGCCUAUCAACAGAAAGAUAUACCUCACGGAACUCAACAAUGAAGCCUCCCUCUACGCCUUAACCAGUUCUACUAGCAACUUCAAAACCAGAAAUCUCUUAAUCUGCUACGGUGAUCGUGAAUUUUUCGGCAUCAUGAUUGAUACUGGUGCUGCCAAGAAAUCCACUGUCGGACACAGCCAAUUCUUAGCCUUUCAGAAGAUCACCAACAUUCAACUCGACACUACAACUGCCGGAGCUGCGAAAAUCUAA